ACCUGGAAAUGAGCAACUUUCUAUCCAACAGUUAUAUCAUUUUGCCCUUUACUUAAAUUUAAAUGUCCUUACAUUCUCAUCACCUGCUCCCCCACCUUCCUCUCACUCAUCAAUCAAACCUCUCUAAUUUUCUUCCCCGCCAUCCUAACGAUAAGAAAAAGAAGAGAUUCACUAUAGGAGAAGAGAACAAUGAGUUUCUUGAGGGGUCUCUUAGGCGGUCUUCUUCUUGCUAUGGUAUUUUUUGUAUCUGAUGGAGAUCCUUUGGUUCCAGCAUUGUGCAUCUUUGGUGAUUCUGUAGUUGAUGUUGGAAAUAAUAACAACUUAAGCACUCUCAUCAAGGCAAACUUUCCACCUUAUGGAAGAGAUUUUGUUACCCACAGACCCACCGGAAGGUUCUGCAAUGGAAAGCUGGCCACAGACUUCACAGCUGAGUAUCUUGGGUUCACUUCGUACCCACCAGCUUACCUGAGCCGAGAAGCUAGAGGGAACAGAAUUCUGACUGGCGUCAACUUUGCCUCUGCUUCUUCCGGUUAUUAUGACAGGACUGCUAAACUAUAUCGUGCUCUAACGUUGCCACAUCAACUAAAAUAUUACAGGGUGUGGCAAAGGAAAGUAGUGAAUCUGGUAGGGAGGGCCAAGGCUAAUAACAUAUUCUCAGGAAGUAUACAUCUUAUAAGUGCAGGGAGCAGUGACUUUAUUCAAAACUACUAUAUAAAUCCACUACUCAACAGAGUCUACUCACCUGAUCAGUUCUCCGAUAUCCUCAUGCAGUCAUACUCUACAUUUGUUCAGAUAUCAUACGUAAAUUGUUAUAUUAUAUACAAGCCAGUCCUCAAUAUAAUAUCAGCAGUGAUCUAUGGACAGAACCUCUACGGUUUAGGAGCAAGGAAGAUUGGGGUCACAACUCUGCCACCAACUGGUUGUUUGCCAGCUGCCAUUACUUUGUUCGGUGCAGGAACCAACCACUGCGUUGCAAGACUGAACAAAGAUGCAAUCUCCUUCAACAAUAAGCUCAACAGGACAUCUCAAAAUCUAAAGAGCAAGCUUCCUGGCAUCAAGCUCGUAGUCUUCGACAUCUAUCAGCCUCUCUUUGAUCUGAUCACAAAACCUGUAGAGAAUGGUAUGUGCUGGAACUUUUUCUCCCUUCUCCUUUUCCUUUCUUUUCUCAAACUCGGCCAACCUUCAAAAGUUUUGGAAAGCACAAACACUUCCUCUUUUCCAGGAUUUUUUGAAUCAAGGAAGGCUUGUUGCGGGACAGGUAUGAUAGAAACAUCGUUCCUUUGUAAUGCCAGGUCCAUUGGAACAUGCUCCAAUGCUACAAAUUAUGUCUUCUGGGAUGGAUUUCAUCCCUCAGAAACAGCAAAUGAGAAAUUGGCUCAAAGUCUGUUGGAACAGGGCUUUGAGCUCAUCUCUUAAAGCCUCAAAGCUGCAGAAACCGUCUACUUUGUAGUUCACCCCUUCCAUGAUAUUGUUUUAUAGUUACUUUCCGACUUGAAAGAGGCUUUAUGUUGGUCUUAGUUCAUUCAAGCUAUAGUAUAUCUCGUAUGAAAGCAGUUACAGCUAAGUAUCACACAUCUGACAACCUUCCCAGCUUGGGAAUAUGUUUUCAGUAUUUGAUGUACCAUCAUUGUCACAUAAAAGUCAGCAGAAACAACAGUUCUAUUUAAGUCUUUUGAGUUAUCCCAUGAGACGAGCUCUAUUCAACUCUAUAUAUUCUACUUGAUUGCCUACCCAGAAUAAAAAAAAAGGAAGACUCAUAUAAAGUAAGUUCACUAAGUAUUCCAUUUUAGUCGCACAAAAAAAAAAGGAGACAAAAAAAAAGGCAAAAAAUUUUAAACUUCUGGUAUGUAGCUUCUUUUUUUCUUCUUUUUGAUGGGGGUAAUCUUCUACUAGCUUUUGUGUUUACAAACAAAGAGAACCACUUUACCUGAUCA